CUCUACCGAAGGGGCGACCUACUUCCGGCGAGCUUCUGCUCCCAGUGCGCUCAGCAGCGGCGCUUACUCCCUUCCCAGCAGCCCUCGCGCUCCGCUGGCUUUUGCGGACACCGCAACUGCAAGAUGGCGUCGCUCGUGCCUCUGAAGGAGAAGAAGCUCAUGCAGGUUAAACUUGGAGAGCUGCCAAACUGGAUAUUGAUGCGGGAUUUCACACCCAGUGGCAUCGUUGGAGCCUUUCAGAGAGGUUACGACCGGUAUUACAACAAGUACAUCAACGUUCGGAAAGGCAGCAUCUCGGGGAUUAACAUGGUGCUGGCAGCCUACGUGGUUUUCAGCUACUGCAUUUCUUACAAGGAACUCAAACAUGAGCGUCGACGCAAGUACCACUGAAGAAGGAUCACCAUGGAGGGCACUGCACACCUGAGCAUAAUUGCCUGUCCCACUCCCAUCCAUGAAGAAUUUAACUGUGGCUGAGUCUUCAAACUUUGAUUAAGAACUAGUAUCCAAUAAAAGGUGCCUGACUGGUUCAUGUAC